UGAGCCGAUAGAGUUAAAUAAAAAGAUGGCAGGAAAUGGGAUUGUUGCAGAUGAAGAAAACAUCUAUAAUGACAAUAAAGUCCAGCCUCUUGCCUCUACUCCAACGCCAGGGAAAUUUAAGGAAGAAGUACCAGAGGAAAAAAUCCCAUUAUCGACCAAGAUGUUAGGCCUUGAAGACCUUUCCUCCUUGGAGGUAUGGAGGGCUUCUUUGGCAGAGCUUCUUGGCACAGCGGUGCUGGUUUUUGCAUUGGACACCAUUGUUAUCUCGACAUUGCAGACCGAAACAGAGGUACCCAACCUUGUGAUGUCCGUCCUGAUCGCCUUCGUCGUUGCGGUUCUCCUCCUAGCUACUUACCCCAUCUCCGGAGGCCAUAUCAAUCCGAUUGUUACGUUUGCUGCUUUACUUACCGGCCUGGUUUCGGUUUCCAAAGCCGCCAUAUACAUUUUGGCUCAAUGUGUUGGUGGCAUACUAGGUUCACUAGCACUCAAAGCCGUGGUUAACAGCGGCAUCGAACGAACAUAUUAUCUGGCAGGGUGCACCGUGACUGUUGUUGUACCGGGCGAACAUGGUCCAACCGUGAUCGGCCUGGGGACGAGUCAGGCCCUUUGGCUUGAGAUAAUUUGUGCCUUUGUGUUCCUUUUUGCUUCAGUGUGGAUGGCUUUUGAUGGUCGCCAAGCUAAGGCUGUGGGGCGAGUUCAAAUAUGUGUUAUAUUGGGAAUAGUGUUGGGUCUUUUAGUGUACAUUUCAACUGCGGUUACUGCAACAAAAGGCUACGGUGGUGCCGGGCUGAACCCGGCUCGAUGUUUCGGUCCAGCUGUUGUUAGAGGAGGCCACCUUUGGAACGGACACUGGAUAUUUUGGAUUGGACCGGCCAUUGGGUGCGUGGCGUUUGCUCUAUAUGUUAAAAUGAUUCCACGUGAGCAUACUCACAGCUACUGAUUAAACGAACA